CUCGUAAAUACACGUAAAGCUGAAUAAGUAGUUUUUAAUAUUUUGGUUCUGCGAUCUCUUUUUUUUUUUUUCAUUCACUAAGUAUAGUAAUCGUCUAUCACUGCGUGUAUCUGUCACCGAGGCGGGCCUCCCUAUGUUCAACUUGGUAUCGUCCAGGUAAAGGCGCCCAGUAUUGAAUGUUUGUGAGUGACGGGGAUAUGACGGACACCGCUAGACCUGCAAAAAUUACACGAUGAACUGAAAAGCUUUUUAAAAGAUUCACAACACGCAAAUUCACACAAAUCGGAAUUAUUUUAUGUGUGCCUCGAUUGUUCAUCUAUUUGGAUCUUUUGGACAGUUUCUUCAAACUCAAGGUUGGAGGGAUUACUGGACGGAUUACCAUAAACUGCGUCUAUGUUUACAAGACAAUAAAAUUCCAGAUGAGGACCUGCAGGAUAUAGUGUACAGAUUUAUUUAAAGAACGAGCACCAAGGUCCAUCACGCUAAUGGAUUACCUACCCCUGCUCUUGUUGUUGACAGCCACGGCAGAAAUAUUGUGUGAUGACGGGAGGUGGGACAAAUGGAGUGAUUUCACGCCAUGUUCUCGGACGUGUGGGGGUGGGGUGAAGUCACGGAGACGAGGCUGCAUUCACACAAGUCCAGGUGUUGGCAAUGGUUGUUCGGGUCCAUCUGUUAAAUACGCGUCAUGUAAUACACAGAUCUGUCCACAGACUUCUGAUUUCCGACAUGAGCAGUGCGGAGAGUUCAACAGAACGGAGGUCAGGAUGAACGGACACCACGAGACUCAUAGCUGGAUUCCUCAUUUUGAUGAAAUGAACAGAUGUUCCUUGAAAUGUCGCGCAGUGGGGACCAGUAUUGUGAAAGAGUUGAGGGAAAAGGUUGUGGACGGGACUCAGUGCGACAGUCCUGAUGGUUUUGGAAUCUGUGUGGCUGGGGCCUGCCAGCCAGUAGGUUGUGACCGUGUGAUUGGCUCGUCCACGCAGGAAGACAAGUGUCGAGUGUGCGGCGGUGACGGCAGUGCUUGUAAAUCUCACUCCGGACACUUCCGCGACCACAACCUAAAUGUAGGUUACCAUGAGUUUCUCACAAUUCCACAAGGGGCAACCACUAUUGUCGUGGAACAGACGACAGAAAGUAUCAACUACUUUGCUGUUAAGACCAAAGGCGGUCACUACCAUCUGAAUGGUGGGCGAGACAAGACUGGGCAGAAGGAGUUCGCAGGGACAGUCUUCAAGUACAUGAACGAGAAGUCCAACAAUGAAAGCCUAGAGUCCAUCACGGCCAGAGGACCAAUCAAUGAAACACUCGUCUUUGUGCUUGCGACACGAGAUGGUAAAGCAGGAGUUCGCUAUGAGUAUUCCAUACCGCAGACACUCUUACACAAGGCGUCUCCAUCAGACAGAUACACGUGGGUGCACGGCAGGUGGACAGGGUGUUCGCGCGAGUGUGGCACUGGCUACCAACUUCGAGCCAUUUCCUGCAUAGACCGUGAGUCAGGCAGGUCAGUGUCAGAAAGACUGUGUCCAAGACGAGAGAUUCCGAUAAGAAACCAGACAUGUUUUAAUGGUCCCUGUGCCGAGGACAGAACUAAUGGAUACAGCUGGGUCCUCGGCCACUGGGGUGAGUGUUCCGUGAGCUGUGGUGACGGGGAGCAGACCCAGCUGGCGUACUGCCAGGAGAAGGGGACGAUGGGUCAGACCAUCUACGUGUCGGAUGACAUCUGUGUGCGCUAUCUCCACCCGAAACCCCAGUACAAGAGAGUGUGUGAGGAGACCAGCGGCUGCCCUCACUGGGCCACCAGUCCGUGGAGCGAGUGCAAUGUGACAUGUGGCUAUGGCUACCAAACUCGCAGGGUGUACUGUCAACAGGAGGCCGACUCACCUAAUGACGUACCACAGGUGCUUUCUGACAGAAAGUGUAAAAAUCUGAACAAACCUGAGGACAUCAAGGUGUGUCUACUCGGCCAGUGUCCUGAUGGGAGGAACGCCAAAAUCCAUCACUCCACGACAACAAUAUCUGUAGACGUAGAAAUGCAUAAUGAGGGUAGACUGCUAAACCUUGACUGUUCCGCAACCAGUUAUGGGUGCUGUCCAGAUGGGAAGACGGCAGCUAAAGGAUAUCACCAUAAAGGAUGCCCCAGUACAGAGACUGAUCGCUGCAGUUUGGAGCAGUCUCGAGGGCCGUGUGGGAAUUACACGUUGAAGUGGUAUUUCGAUUCUCAGGCCAGCACGUGUAACAUGUUCUGGUAUGGAAGUUGUGGAGGAAACGACAACCGCUUCGACACAGAAGAAGAUUGUAAAGACUAUUGUUUGAGGGAUAACAAAGAAGAUAACCAGAUAGUGUCAAUAGAAUGUGGUACCAGUGACUAUGGCUGCUGUCCAGAUGGCCAGACAUCAGCGUCGGGGCCGAACCAGGAGGGGUGCGCGACUACAGUGGUGACAUCUCGCAGUGCAUGCCUGACGGCUAGGUACGGGUGCUGUGAUGAUGGGUCGACAUUCGCACAGGGUCCUAACAAACAGGGUUGUCCAGGUUCCACGGCCACACAGACGGACUGCAGGUACUCCAUGUAUGGCUGCUGUCCAGGCACGACACAGGCAGCAUCAGGGCCAGAUGGUCAGGGCUGUAAGAGUCACAGUCACACAACUGCUGCUGCUGGUGGAUUUGAUACAGCGUCGUGCAGUAAGGAGAAGGCCGGUGGCAAAUGCACUGAAUACAGUGUCCAGUGGUACUACAACACCAAGAUGGGCUCCUGCACACAGUUCUGGUAUGGCGGCUGUGGUGGCAACGACAACCGCUUCCCAAACAAAACUGACUGCGAGGACGCCUGCAUUCAUGUCAAGGGACCAAGUAUAUGCCGUCUGCCCAUGACAAGUGGACCGUGCAGAGCAGCUCACCCACGAUUUUAUUUUGAUUACAUUAGUGCUGAAUGUCGGCCAUUUACCUAUGGUGGUUGUCAUGGCAACCCUAACAGGUUUCUCACCAGGAAGGAGUGUGAAACGAAGUGUUCUGACUCAACAUACAUUGAUUCAGAAGAUGACGACAAGCCUGUACUAUUGGGGGGAUGUCAGUCUACUCGGUAUGGAUGUUGUCCUGAUGGGGUCACAGGGAAAGUUGAUGCACAUGAUAACUGUGCCAGUGGUAGAACUUCUUGUCAGACUAGUCCAUAUGGCUGUUGUGAAGAUGGCGAGACUACUGCCUCGGGUCCUGACUAUGAAGGCUGUGAUCCAGUCGGCUCUGGUGAUGAACCCUGUCAUGACUCAUACUAUGGCUGUUGUCCUGAUGGUGUUACCAUGGCAACAGGACCAGAUGGACAGGGAUGUCAUACUGAGUGGACCACAACUCCUGCUCCAGUUGCAGGUGCAAAUGAAGACGUGUGUAGACAUGAUAAGAGUAAAGGCCGGUGUAAGGACUAUGUGGUUCAGUGGUUCUUCGACUCGACCAGUCAGCGGUGUGACCGGUUCUGGUACGGCGGCUGUGAUGACAGUGGGAACCACUUCAAGGAUGAAGCAGCCUGCAGGGAGCGGUGUCUGUCUGUCGUCCAGACAACGGCGCCACCGACCACACCCAGACCCAGGACAAGAGUACAUGUUUGUGACCAGCCCAGAGUGGUGGGGCCAUGCAAGGCAGUGCGCCAGCGAUGGUACUAUGACCGAAGACGGCGCCAGUGUAUGUCCUUUCUAUAUGGAGGCUGCAGCGGCAAUGAUAACAACUUCAUGUCACAGGAAUCAUGUCAGAGAUCUUGUGAGACGGCAGUGGCCACCCCAGCUCCAACACCAGCUGUGGCAACAAAAAGCACUACGACUAUGACAGGGACAGAUUCUGUGGCUCUGGGCCAGACGAUUCAGCUCAAGUGUGUGGCCACUCCACGGGGCGUCCAGGCAGCAUACGACAUCGAGUGGUUCCUCAAUGGCAAAAAGAUCGACCCGCACAAGAACACGUCCAAGUUGAAGGUCGUUCAGCGACUGGCGCAGGGCACGAGGAACCAGGUGGCAGAGCUCACGGUUUACAACGCCAACCACGACGACGCUGGGACAUACUACUGCCGCAGCAUGCCAUUCGGUAUUGUCGACAGCUCUGUCGUGGAUGUUCUUAAAGAGCCUGCUCCUGUCACCAGGGCUCCUGCUCCUGUCACUAGGGCUCCUGCUCCCUCGAAACCAGCGUCUACGGACCCAAGUGUUAUUUGUAUGGAGACCAAGAAGACCGGGAACUGCUAUGCUCUGAUUCCCCGAUGGUUCUAUAACCACCUGGAAGGGAAGUGCCAGCAAUUUCAGUACGGCGGGUGUGGUGGAAACAGCAACAAUUUUGAAUCGCAGAGUCAAUGUGAGGAAACCUGCUCAGCAGAAAAUGUAUGUAAACUGCCAUCAGUCACUGGUCAUUGCCAUGGAUACUUCAAACGCUGGCAUUAUGACUCUCACACUGAGAAAUGUCAAGAAUUUGUCUACGGUGGCUGUGAAGGAAAUCCUAACAACUUUGAAACUAAAAGUUCCUGUGAAGGGAAGUGCAGGAGUCAUACACAGACUGGGUCUGCAGUGACUGGCACGGCCGUCUGCUCACUCCCCAGGAAUGGCGGCAACUGCAACGGCUACAACAUCGUGUGGUAUUACGACCUGGAUCUACAGCGAUGCCGGCGCUUCAUCUACACUGGGUGUGGCGGCAACGAGAACCGGUUUGACUCAGACGCAGAGUGUCUACAGCUGUGUGACGGUGUCUCCAAAGAUGGCAUGAUAGUCCGACCCACGUCAAGGCCGCGGGUCACAUCACGACCUGUUCCCCGGGCAACACCUCGACCCACUUCCAGACCAACAACUGCAGCACCAGCACCUGAAGCUGACCCGUGUAAGAUGUCAUCAGACAAUGGGCGCUGUGCGUCUGGCAGUAAUUACACGAUCUGGUGGUACUAUGACAGUGAAAAGGCAUACUGCACACGCUUUUACUACGGCGGCUGUGGAGGAAAUGCAAACAGGUUUAAGAACCGAGAAGAUUGUGAAAACGAAUGUAUUCAUGGAAAGAAAGAAGCAAAGACCACACCUUAUCCCAGGCAGCACCGGCCCACCACUGCAGCCCAGACUGACUGCCGGUACUCGUCAUAUGGGUGUUGUGAUGAUGGCUACACCUCCGCUAUUGACAAAGCACAUUCUAAUUGUUUUGAUGAUGAACCAAAUGUGAUAGCACGGGAAGAUGGAGACAGAACGACACUGUUUGUGAAACAAGGAAGAACCGUAACUCUCAACUGUAAACUGAUCUCAAACAGUCUCUACAGUGGCAUCACUUGGUACAGAGAUGGAUUUUUGUUGAGAUCGAGCAAUCGUUUCAAUAUUUUGUACAACGGAUCUCUGACAAUAACCCACUUGACUCAUCGAGAUUCCGGUUCAUACGCCUGCCGUGUUAAUGGUGGCAACCAAGUAGGACAGGUGCAGAGGUUUAAAGUCCAUGUCCGAGUUCCCUUGAGGAUUCUGCCGUCCCCCGAGACGAUCAUCGUGAAGCCUGGUGAGAACGCCUUCCUGCACUGUCAGGUGUUUGGCAACCCGCAGCCUGACGUCACCUGGACAAAGAACGGCCGCAAGGUGCUGACCAAUGGCCGCCACCACGCGUUUAACAACGGGACACUGAUCAUCACGACGGUCAAGGAGCACGACGUUGGGGACUAUGAGUGCCGUGCAGACAACGGUGUGUCAGGGAGCGCCAAACGCACAGUCAAACUUGUUAUUAAAGAUACAGUGACUGCCAAGUUAGAUCCCUAUAAAGGCAAGGUUAUAGAAGGUGGCACUAUCCGGCUGCGGUGUAAAGGCAAGGGUCACCCGCGGCCCCGCCUGCAGUGGGAGAAAGACGGAAAGGUUCUGGAGAACAGUGAUCGCGUGUACCUGACUCACGGUGAGCUGGUGAUCCGGAGUGCGGUGCUCGACGACUCGGGCGUGUACACGUGUGUGGUGAGCAACCAGCGGGAGGAGGCGCGCGCGGUCACCACCGUGCAGGUCACCAUGCCACAAUUAUCAGACAAAUGUGAAAAUAGUUUAAGUGAAAUGAACUGCAAAAUUAUUCUGCGAGCAGGUUUGUGUGGUCAUCGGAUGUUCUCUAAAAUGUGCUGUAUUUCAUGUAGGAGGCAUCAUGGUUGAAUAUAAUGCAUAUUUAAAUAAUCUCCCCUGACGGUGAGACGCAGAAUUCAGUGUUAGGACGGUGUCACACUUGUCACUCGUGUUCAAACCAAUCUGGUACUUUGGAGGAAUGGUGCUCUCUCUCUCUCUCUCAAACGAACUGCUGGGAAAACAAUUAUACAUCUUGUAUCAUUUGAGUAAGAAAACCAAAGAUUGACAAAAGACACAUUACUCAUCUAGACAAUUAACAAUUGGUGGUCACAUUGAAAAGGGAAGGUACAUUUGAGAUGAAUUUGUAAUAACGUGUUUGCUAAGGGUAGGCUUGUUUAACUUAUGAAAGGAAAAAAAAGAUGUGUAGACAAUGAACAAUUGGUGGUUACAUUGUAAAUUGGAGAUCUGUUUGAGAUGGAUUUGUAAUAUAAUGUUUGAUAAGAGGUUUUAACUUAAAGAGGUCGUAAACAAUAUAUAUUUAGUGUUGGUGCAAUGCAGCUGCAGUAAUGAAAUUACAAAAUUCCUAUGGAAGGAUCAUAAUUAGAUUAUAUAACGGUUAUCUAGUUUGUGUUAGUCUAAUGCAGAACUUAGAAAGCAGGUCUUGGUAGCUUACCAUGUAUUUCACUCUUUAUUUAAAGCAUUAAUGUCAUUGUUUUUAAAUUAUAAAGAAAUAAUAUAUAUUAUAUAGGUGUCUUUUCUGUUUUUGUUAUACAGGAAUUGUCACUUAAUUUUCUUAACAGUUUUUCUUCAUGUAUAUCAUUACUAAGGUGUGAUGGUGGUAAAUUGAUUUUGUGCGGUUAUGAUGUGGGAAAUUUAAUUGAAUGGUUACCAUAUUUGAUGACAGAAACAGAUUUGGUAAAUACUUAAAGUUGGAAAAUGUUCAGAAGACAAAUUAAUCAAUAAAAAACCUAUUAUUUACAAAUAACUAUAAAACUAAAACAAUUCAAGCUGGUUGUUUGAAUAAGCUGUCGCAGUUUAAAAUAUGGUAAACAUCUUUUUGUAAAACAUAAAAUGUAAUCACAAGAAAUGGUUAGCGUAUGACCAUGAGAAGUCUUCAGAAAGAUGAAAGACUGUAUGUAUUACAAAUGUAUGUCUUAAUCAGUUACCAGUUAAAUCUCGGCAUUAUUUUGUGUGUGACAGUUCUCUGGCCUAUCACUUUUCAAUCUCAGGUAUCUCGCACAGUAAGCAAUAAACUAGCAUUUUAUUUAUUUUUGUACCUUUUAUAAUUGAAAAUAAUCUUGUUUCUUUGCUGUUUAGUGAUGAACUUAAUGCUGUAGUAACUCCUUGAUGCUGGAGAGAUGAGUGUGUAACAGUUCCAUUCUUUCAGUGUUCUUUCAAAGUACAUCAUGAACUAGACAUGGACUAUUGUAUUACCUUCAAAAUCUGUAAAGGCAUUGCUAAAUAUAAAACAAAAUUUACUAUUUGCCAAGUCAAGUAUAAUAUAUCAACUAAAUAUCUUCUUCAUACUAAGUCGAAGAAUUGUUAUUGAAUUAAAAAAAUAUUUGUAACAGUAUUUUGACUUAUUCCUUAGAAUGAAAAUUGUAAUACUCAGCAGUAGGUUUGAAGAAAUGUAAAAAAAUUAUUAUAAUAAAUAUGUCACACUUAACAUAUUGAUGUAAUAUUAGUCUUCCCACUGAGUGUUUUACCAGAUACAUGUAUAUGUUUUAUAUUAUUGAAUGUUACAAGGGGGGACUAGAAAACUUCUAGGCUAAAUUAGGAAGGGAAUACAUUACUUUGCAUAUAAGCAGCUCAACACUUUAGAAAGUGAUCCAGUAUAUAUGAAUAAAUAAACUAGAUGAUUCAUUUAUUUUUCAAAAAAGCAGAGGAAGCACUGCAACUGCAAAGUUCUCUGCAAGAGAAAAAAAUAAAUUAAAACGCCAAAAUGGUUCCAUCAAUGUGCUCAGUCUUUUUGGCUUUCAAGAGAAGACUACUGGUGAUUUACCCCCUCAAAGGACCAAACAAUAACCUGGAAAUACUAUGCUAAUCUGCUAAAGCAGCUGCAUGAAAAUAUUUCAGUUAAACAUUGCUUAAAACCUAUGAAAGGUGUGAUGUUCCAUCAAAAAAAAGUUGGAGUUGGAGAGGACAAGUGCUUCCAUUGGUUUAAUUGUAAAAUAGAUGUAUUUAGUUUCAAUAUAUUUGUUAACUUUCUGAAGUGUUGGACAUUCUUUCUGCAAAGUUUUAUUAGCAUAAUUUAUUCCCUUCCUAUUUAGGUCACAAACUUUAAAUCACCCCUCGUACGCCAGUGUAACAACAUUAAGUAUGGUACUGUUUAUAUUGUUAGUAAGUUUGUACUUUAUUGAUGCAUUUAUUGUUCAGCCCAUUGUUUUCAUUUUGUUUCUGUGUCAAAUGAGAUGCAGAUAUAUUUUUUCUUGAGUUUUCCUGUGUAUAAUUCUACCAAUUGAAUAUGGUGCUGUUUUUAAGUUAGGAAGAUAUUUAUUAGAUUUAGCUAAAUUAUAUCAUGGUUGGCAUAAUUAUGUCUGUAUGCAAAUAAAACCAUUUAAGACUAGACCAGCUAGCAGAGUAUGAUAUGUUUGAUAUGUGCAUUUUGAGCUUCAAAGGCACCAUGGGAUUCUCACCUAACAAAACAAUUGGGUGUUUUAUCUUUUAUAGCACCAUGGGAUAAUGUCCUAGCAAAACUGAUAUUUUGUAGCACCAUGGAUUCUGGCCUAGCAAAACAUUGGAUUCCAAUUAUUAUUAUUAUUUUAUUUUAUUUUUAUAGCAACAUGAGACUGUGGUAUCAGACAGAACCAUUGAUUCUAAUAUUUUAUAGUACAACUAAUCAUUUUAUAGUACAACUAAUCAUUUCUACAACCAUGAAUGCCGACUCCAGUACAAUUAAAUGACAUUUUUAGCAAUGCCUUGCAUUCUGACUUCAGAAAUACUAGCAUUGUGGGCCUAUAGAAAUAUUAUGGAAAUUGACCGUAGACAUUAGGGUUUUGACCACCUCUGGUAAUGUCAUACUGUAGAUUGUGACCUCAAGCUGUGUUGCCUUCUAGUAGUCGUGAGGAUGCCAUGUCUAGCAAUGCUAUGUGUUCACCUCAUCGGCACCAAAGAUGCUCAUUUCUAACAGUACCUCAAGUUUUGUAUAUCAGACUUUCAAAUUGUUUUAUGUCAAUAAUGCAAAAUUAAUGGGUUCCACUUUUACUAGAAAUCCAGCCAAGUCAUAUUAUGUUUAAUAUGUCGCAUUACUAGUAUUAUAUUUUAAUGGAUUGUUACUGAAAAACUGUACCAAAAUGCAUCUGCUGUAGAGUAACUACCUCACAAUAAAGUCUUAACUAGUUUGUUUAGUAUGUGUAGUGUCACCAGAUUUGAUCAUUUUCAAGUUGUAUGACGAUUGUUUUGUACUUGCCAGCAAUUAUUUAUAAAAAGACUGUAAUUCUGUGAUGGUCAUGAUGAUCAUUGGUUUAUGGCAUCAAGUAAAGAUCAAGCUUUACACAUAGUUAAAGGGAUAAUAAAGAAACAUGCUUGUAAAUCCUUAACUAGGGGAAUAUAACCUUUUAAUGAAAUUGUGCAUUUAUGAGCAGUUAAAUAUGAAGUCCAUAUUAGAAUAUGUGGCUGGCUGUACAUGUUUUCCAAGUCUGGGAAUUAGUCGAGACAGAUAUCAUGUUUUGCAUACUUUGCAUGUUAAUUUCUUUUUAUAAUGUGGUGCUUAUAAAACUGAGAAAUGCUCAGCUUUGUUUUUGUUCAAAAUACAACUUCAUUUUUCACAUGGGUUAAAAAAUCUACAUAAGAAAUAUAAAAUGAAUAGAACUUAUUUCAGUAUCAUCGGUAUUGGUAACAGCAACACAUUUUCUGACAAACUGGUAACAUAACAGUCUCUUUCAUUCACUAAACUACAAUGUGUUCCUCACUUACUGGUUUCCUUCUAUACUCAUAAUCGCCCAAAUAAAAUACUGAAAUGGCAGCUUGCUCUUCUGCCAUUUCCAAAUGAAGAGGAUCGGUAAACCAGUAAAAGUUUGUCUACUAUCAAGGUCUAUACAAAAAGCACUUCUCACAUUAGAUUUUAUUUAUUAGCAUCAGACUAUGGAAAAGAACUCUGAAGUUUCAUCCAAGUGAUGAUCUAAUUUGCUUUGCUUUAAAAAAAUGUCUUAAAAUGAAAAAUGAAACUAUUAUCUCAUAAAAUCUCCGAAUUCUACUUCUCGGAGCCUGAUAACUUGACUUGUAAAAUGUUCUUUAAAAUAUUUCAGGCUUUAAUAAAUGUUUUAUCUAAUUUUUUAUAUUUAUAGCUCAUGUAGCAGGUCUGUUGUGUUUUGUUUGUAUAUUCUUUUAUGUAUAUUUGAACGUAGUAUAUUUUAGAUUAAAUAUAAAAAUAAAAAUCUUAUUCACUGAAUAAUAUUUGAUCAGUUUAUUGUCCACAGUACCAGUAAUUAACUGGUUAUAUUUGUGUUAAUUAACAGUAUAGGUUUUGCAAAUCUGUAUUUCUUAUUAUAUGAAACUGAAAUAGUCACAAGAUUUGAUAAAUUCAGUGUAUUGAUUUAC